GCCGUGCAGGUGGCCCUCCUCCGGGUGGCGGUGCCCCCUGGCACCUUCGAAAUGUCCUCAGCGACUCAGUGGAGAGCUCAGAUGAUGAAUUCUUUGAUGCUAGAGAGGAUGUGGCUGAAGGGAAGAAUGCCAUCCUCAUUGGGAUGAGCCAAUGGAACUCGAAUGACCUGGUGGAGCAGAUGGAGACCAUGGGGAAACUGGACGAGCAUCCAGGAGAAAGCACUGCUCCGUGCACAUCCAGCGUCCUCCAGGAGAAGCAGCGAGAGUUGUACCGGGUUUCCCUGAGGAGACAGCGAUUCCCAGCCCAGGGAAGCAUCGAGAUCCAUGAAGACAGCGAGGAAGGCUGCCCACAGCGCUCCUGCAAGACGCAUGUCCUCCUGCUGGUGCUGCACGGGGGGAGCAUCCUGGACACGGGCUCAGGGGACCCGUCCUGCAAGGCCGCCGACAUCCACACCUUCAGCUCUGUGCUGGAGAAGGUCACACGAGCCCACUUCCCUGCUGCUCUGGGCCACAUCCUCAUCAAGUUUGUCCCCUGUCCUGCCAUCUGCUCUGAAGCUUUCUCACUCGUCUCUCACCUGAACCCCUACAGCCACGAUGAGGGCUGCCUGAGCAACAGCCAGGACCAUGUCCCUCUGGCCGCCCUGCCCUUGUUGGCCAUCUCCUCCCCGCAGUACCAGGAUGCUGUGGCCACCGUCAUCGAGCGCACCAACCAGGUCUACACAGAGUUCCUUAAGUCCUCCGAUGGGAUUGGCUUCAGUGGGCAGGUGUGUCUCAUUGGGGACUGCGUGGGCGGCCUCCUGGCCUUCGAUGCCAUCUGCUACAGUGCAGGGCCCUUGGGGGACAGCCCUGGCAGCGGCAGCCGGAAGGGGAGCAUCAGCAGCAACCAGGACACCCCGAUUGUGGUGGAGGAAGAUUGUGAUCUGGCCAGCAGCAAGCGUCUCAGCAAAAGCAACAUUGACAUCUCCAGCGGGUUGGAGGAUGAGGAGCCCAAGAGACCACUGCCGCGGAAACAGAGCGACUCUUCCACCUAUGACUGUGAGGCCAUCACCCAGCAUCAUGCCUUCCUUUCAAGCAUCCACUCCAGCGUGCUACAGGACGAGGGCGAGCUCCCUGCGGCUGGGGCGCCCCAGCUCCCCGAGGUCAGCCUGGGACGCUUUGACUUUGAAGUGUCUGACUUCUUCCUCUUUGGCUCCCCUCUGGGGCUGGUCCUGGCCAUGCGGAGGACCGUGCUGCCUGGGCUGGAUGGUUUCCAGGUGCGUCCUGCUUGCAGCCAGGUCUACAGCUUCUUCCACUGCGCAGACCCCUCUGCCUCGAGGCUUGAGCCGCUGCUGGAACCCAAGUUCCACCUGGUACCUCCUGUCAGUGUGCCCCGCUACCAGAGGUUCCCACUGGGUGAUGGACAGUCCCUCCUCCUUGCGGAUGCCCUGCACACCCACAGCUCUCUCUUCCUGGAGGGCAGCUCCCAGUAUAGCCCACCGCUCCUGGAUGCUCCUGCCUCACCCCCUCAAGCCCAGAGCUCCCAGCGCCCAGGACGGAGGAUGAGUGAGGGCAGCUCCCACAGUGAGAGUUCGGAGUCCUCGGACAGCCUGGCACCCGUGGGUGCCUCCCGCAUCACGGCCAAGUGGUGGGGUGCCAAGCGGAUUGACUACGCCCUGUACUGCCCCGAUGUCCUCACAGCCUUCCCUACUGUAGCCCUGCCCCACCUCUUCCAUGCCAGCUACUGGGAGUCCACUGAUGUGGUCGCCUUCGUCCUGAGACAGGUGAUGCGCUACGAGAGUGUGGGCAUCAAGGAGAGCACCAGCCUGGAUCCUGCGGCACUGAGCCCCGCGAACCCCCGUGAAAAGUGGCUUCGUAAGCGGACCCAGGUCAAGCUGCGGAAUGUCACUGCUAAUCACAGGGCCAAUGAUGUGAUUGCUGCUGAAGACGGCCCCCAGGUCCUGGUGGGGCGGUUCAUGUACGGUCCUCUCGACAUGGUGGCCCUGACUGGAGAGAAGGUGGACAUCCUGGUGAUGGCAGAGCCGUCCUCUGGCCGCUGGGUACAUUUGGACACAGAGAUCACCAAUAGUAGUGGUCGAAUCACAUAUAAUGUGCCACGACCCCGGCGCUUGGGGGUCGGCGUCUACCCCGUGAAAAUGGUUGUCAGGGGUGACCAGACCUAUGCCAUGAGCUACCUCACAGUGCUGCCCCGGGGCAUGGAGUGCGUCGUGUUCAGCAUCGAUGGGUCCUUUGCGGCCAGCGUAUCUAUCAUGGGGAGCGACCCCAAGGUCCGGCCAGGUGCAGUGGAUGUUGUCCGGCACUGGCAGGACCUGGGCUACAUGAUCCUAUACAUCACGGGGCGGCCAGACAUGCAGAAGCAGCGGGUGGUGUCGUGGCUGUCCCAGCACAACUUCCCACAGGGCAUGAUCUUCUUCUCGGAUGGGCUGGUACACGACCCGCUGCGGCAGAAGGCCAUCUUCCUCCGCAACCUCAUGCAGGAGUGUUUCAUCAGAAUCAGUGCUGCUUAUGGCUCCACGAAGGACAUCUCUGUCUAUAGUGUGCUGGGUCUGCCCGCCUCCCAGAUCUUCAUUGUGGGCCGGCCCACCAAGAAGUACCAAACCCAGUGCCAGUUCCUGAGCGAGGGCUACGCCGCGCACCUGGCGGCGCUGCAGGCCAGCCACCGCUCGCGCCCCAAGAAGAACAACUCGCGCAUGAUCCUGCGCAAGGGCAGCUUCGGGCUGCACGCGCAGCCCGAGUUUCUGAGGAAGCGCAACCACCUCCGCAGGACCAUGUCGGUGCAGCAGCCAGACCCGCCCGUCGCCAACCCCAAGCCCGAGCGGGCCCAGAGCCAGCCCGAGUCCGACAAGGACCACGAGCGGCCGCUGCCCGUGCUCAGCUGGGCGCGUGGGCCCCCAAAGUUCGAGUCGGUGCCCUGAGGAGCGGGUUGUACUCA